AUGAACGCAUCGACACCACUCUGCGCGCCCACGGCCGACGCCGCCUUCGGUCCCGCCGUCGGCGCCCCCUGCCGCGACGGCUUCGACUUCACCCUCGUCUUCGAGCAGUCCAUCUUUGUUCUCCUCCCCGCCGCGCUGCUCCUCGUCGCGGCGCCUCUGCGCCUCAGCCGACUCGUCAAGGCGCCCGUCUAUGUCGGCGCGCCGAGGCUGCGCGUCUCCAAGCUGACAGCCGCUGGCCUGCUCGCGGCCCUCCAGCUCGCCCUCGCGGGCCUGUGGGCGUCCGCCCCUCCGUCCGCGCCGCGUGCCGUCCAGGCCGUCUCCGUCGCUGCUGCAUGUGUGUCCAUGGCCUCGAGCCUCGUGUCGUGUCUCGUGUCGUACUUUGAACACGCCCGCUCCCCGCGGCCGUCGUCGCUCCUGAAUGUCUUCUUGCUCGUAUCUCUGCUCCUAGACGCGGCCCUGCUCCGCACCCUGUGGCUGCUGUCCCCGCGGUCCGUCGUCGGCCCGGCUGUCCGGCCCGUCUUCACCGCGUGUUUUGCGGUCAAGGCGGCGCUGCUCGGGCUCGAGGCCGUCGGCAAGGCGCGCCACCUGUUGCCGUCGUCGUCGUCGUCGUCGUCGUCGUCCAAUGGCGGUGCCGCCGCCGCCGCCGUGGGUCUCGGCCCCGAGCAGACGGCCGGCAUCUACGCCCGGGCCGUUCUCGCCUGGGUCGCCCCACUUCUCCGAACCGGCUUCCGGCGCCUGCUCCGGCCCGACGACCUGUUCGUCCUCGACGAGCAAAUGACCGCCGCGCACCUCAGCGAGCGGUUCCGGAGCGUCUGGGCGGCGCGCGGACCCGACGCAGGCAGCAACGCUUCUCGCAAGCACCGCCUCGUCGCCUCGUGUCUGCUCGCCCUGCGCUGGCCGCUGGCCGCCGUCGUCGCCCCGCGCCUCGUGCAGCUCGCCUUCACGAUAUGCCAGCCGCUCGUCCUCAACCGGCUCCUGCUCUUCCUCAACGACGAGGCGCAGCCAGACCGCGUCGGAUACGGCCUGAUCGGCGCCUACGGGCUCGUGUACGUCGGCAUCGCCGUCUCCCAGGCCCUGUACUGGCACCGCAACGGCCGCUUCGUCACCAUGCUGCGCGGCGUCCUCGUUUCCGCCGUCUUCGCCAAGGGUACCCAGGUCAGCGUCACGGCGGCGACGGAUGACGCGGCGGCAGUCACACUCAUGUCAUCAGAUGUCGAGGUGAUUGUGCGCGCUUUCAAAGAGAUCAACGAGUUUUGGGCCAAUUUCAUUCAAAUUGCCAUUGCAACCUGGCUACUGAGCAACCAGAUCGGGUAUGCCUCUGCAGGGCCCAUCAUCGUAUCCUUGGUCGCUCUUUUGGCCACCGUCGCCGUCUCGCCCAUGGCCAAGAAGUAUCGCGUCAGAUGGCUCGAGAAAACACAAAAACGAGUGGGCAAGUACGGCCAGAACCAGACCUACCGCAAUGCACUGACAUCAAGCCAAGGAAUCACAUCCGCCAUGAUCGGGCACAUCAAGGGCAUCAAAAUGCUGGGCCUCGCGCAGCAGCUCUCCACCACCAUCGCCGCCCUGCGCGUGGAAGAAAUCAAGGCCUCCAGGCCCUUCCGGGUCAUUGGCAGCAUCACUUCCGCAGUGGCCCAGGUCCCGCUGCUCCUCGCGCCGCCGGUCGCCUUUGCCAUGUUUCAAGGCGUCGCGGCGCAGACGGGCGAGGUGCUGGACGCCACCAAGCUCUUCUCUGCGCUGUCCUUCAUCAUCCUGCUGGCGCAACCGCUCUUCUGGAUGUUCGAGGUCGUGCUUGACCUGAGCGCGGCUUUUGGUGCCUUUGAGCGAAUACAAACGUUUCUCAUCGAGCAGGCGCGUGCAGAGCAUCGAGAUGUUGGCGCGGCGCACAUGGUGGGUGGGAUGCUGCGAAAGCAAGGAAGCGACCAAAUCGAGAUGCAACGGCUGCGCGGCGGCACAGCAUCCAUCGGGCUGUCGUCCAAGAAUAUUCAAGCUGCCGUGUCAGUUCACAACGCGAGCUUUGGCUGGGCCGCCAACAAGAUGGUCCUCAAUGGCCUCGACUUCAGCCUAGAGUGUGGACAGUUUGCUAUAAUUGUCGGGCCGGUCGCGUCUGGCAAGUCAACGCUUCUCAAGGGUCUUCUAGGGGAGGUGCCUACUACCAGUGGGAGCAUCGCAUUGCCUGCAGGCAGACUUUCGUGGUGCGAUCAAACCCCCUGGAUCCUGAACCAGACCAUCCGUGACAACAUCAUAGGCUACUCCCCUGCCGAUGACGACCUCCUGUACCAGGAGGUAAUCAGAGCCUGCGAACUAGAGAAGGAUCUGACCCAGCUCCCGCACGGCGACCUGACUGUGGUCGGAAGCAACGGCCUCGCACUGAGCGGUGGCCAGAAGCAGCGAGUGACGCUUGCCAGGGCAGUAUAUUCGAGACCACAGAUUGCCUUGUUCGACGACAUCUUCAGCGGUCUCGACGGCCGCACGGCGGGGAGAAUCUUCGCCAACUUGUUCAGUCGGACUGGCCUACUGAGGAAAUGGGGCACGACGAUUUUGCUUGCAACUCAAUCAGUAAACUUCUUGGAGUCUGCUGACUUGAUCAUCUCCUUGUCUCCAGAGGGCCGAGUCUCCGAGCAGGGGACAUUCGGCACCCUCAGCGUCGACAGCGGCUACGUCGCGAGCCUGCUCUCGACGAAGCCUGAGCCCCUCGCGCCCAGCAUGUCCAACAACUCUGACGCUGCUGAAAGCACGGAGCCCGACGAAGCUAAUAAAAAGACGGAGUACAAAACUAAGGCAGUCUCCGAACAGAGAGACGCGCGGAGACGGCUUGGCGAUUCGACCGUGUACCGCUACUACUUUGGCAGCAUAGGCGUCACGUUCCUCGUCGUUCUUGUCGCCCUCGAAAUUGGCUGGGCCUUUCUCCAGAGCUUCCCUGUUGUGUGGCUCAACUUCUGGGUCGAGGCCAUGGCAGAGGGUCGGACGGGCUACUACCUCGGCAUAUACGCCGCGCUGCAGCUCAUUGGCGUGAUCUGGUUUGCGGCACUCAUCUGGUUUUCGCAAGACAUCGGCAUGGUAGACAACAACCUCCCUCUGGCCCUCGUAGUAACCCUCGCAAGCUUCUUCGUGGUCCUCGCCAGGGCCGGCCUCCUCGCCGCCUCGUCCUACUACGUCGCCAUCAGCUUCCCCUUCCUCGGCGUCCUCUACUUCUACCUGCAGCGCGGCUACCUGCGCACCUCGCGGCAGCUGCGCUUCCUGGACCUCGAGCAAAAGGCCCCGCUGUACACGCAGUUCCUCGAGACCCUCGCCGGGCUCGCCACGCUGCGCGCCUUCGGCUGGUCCGGUGCCGCCGUCGCGCGCAACCACGCCCUCGUCGACGCCUCGCAGCGGCCCUUUUACCUCCUCGUCAUGGUGCAGCGUUGGCUCGUCCUCGUGCUCGACCUCGUCACCGCCGCGCUCGCGCUCCUCGUCGUGGGCUUCGCCGUGCGCCUGCGCGGAUCCGUCUCCGUGGGGCUGACGGGCGUGUCGCUCGUCCAGCUCAUCUCCCUCAGCGAGACGCUCAACAUGCUCAUCCAGUUCUGGACCUCCAUAGAGACCUCCAUCGGUGCGGUGGCCCGCAUCAAGCAGUUCGCCGAGGACACGCCCGAGGAGAGCUCUCCGGGGGAGAACCUCGAGCCCCCCGAGGCGUGGCCGGCAAGGGGCCAUGUCGUCAUUUCCAAUCUCUCAGCUUCGUACGAGACUGAUGCCGAUGUACAGGCGUUGAGUGAUGUCAGUCUAGAGAUUCUCGCCGGCGAAAAGGUAGCCAUCUGUGGACGAACAGGGAGCGGCAAGUCCUCACUCCUACUCGUCAUCCUCCGCCUCCUUGACCCCUGCCACGGGAGCAUCACCAUCGACUCCCAGCCGCUGGCCCGCAUCCCGCGCGACACGGUCCGCACGCGCCUCAUCACCGUCGCCCAGGACCAGUUCGUCCUCCCCGGCACUGUGCGGCACAACAUCGACCCCCUCAGCAAGUACAGCGACGACGCCAUCUCGGCCGCCCUCUCCGCCGUGGCGCUCUCGCACGUCGUCGAGGAGCGCGGCGGGCUCGACGCGCCCUUUGGCGAGGACGUCUUCAGCCAUGGGCAGAGGCAGCUUUUCUUCGUGGCGCGCGCUGUGCUGAGGAAGAAGGUGGGCAGGCUGGUCUUGCUGGACGAGGCGAUGAGCAGGCAGGCCGGGAUUCCAUGA